AUGCAUCUAUGCUGGUAUCGGGUCUGCGUUGUCCACAGUCCGUCCACUGACCUCGGCAAACGGCCAGUCCUAAUGAACACACCAGAGUCGAGUACCAAGCACUUCUCAUCCCACUCAUUGAAUUCUCCUUUCUCCAUUAUUAUCUACCUUUCUAUUCUUUCUAUUUUUUUUCUUUUUUAUUCAUUCAGAACUUCCAGUUUUAUUGCUUCCUUUCUUUCUUUAAUUUAUUUUCCCUUUCUUUUCCUCGCUCUCUUUUUCACUCUCUUUUGCUCUGUUUUCAUAAUUCUUUUCUCUGUUCUUUUUUUUUCUUUUUUUCUUCCUUUUAUGAAUUUUUGCUUAUUUUUUACUAUUUCUUUCUUUCUUUUUUUCCGUUUCUUUUUCUCUUGUUUUUUUUUUGUUUCUGUUUCUGUUUCUUUUUCUAUUGUUCUUCUUUUUGCCUAUUUAUUUUCUUUUUUUCGUUUCUUUUUUCUUUCUUGUAUUUUUUUUAUUUCUGUUUCCUUUUUCUUCUAUUUUCUUUUUUUUGGAUACCUUUUCUUUUAUCCUUCUUUCUGCCUCGUUGUUCCCUUUUUUGCCAGUCAUUUUUUUUCUUGUAUUUUCUUUCCUUCGGCUUCAUUUUUAAAUUCUGUUUUCUUCAUUACUAUUUAUUUUUUUCUUUUUCUUUCUUUCCCUUACGUUAAUUCUCUUUUCUUAUCGAUUCUUUUUUUCUUUUAUAUUCUUUUUUUCUGUUUCUUUUUCUAUGUUCUUUUUCUUCUUCAUUCUUUCUGUUUCGUUAUAUACUUUUCUUGCUCUUUCCUUUUCCUCUUUUUAUUUUCUUUCUUUUUCGUUUUGUUUCUUUUUUGUCUUAUAUUUUCUUUGUUUCUGUUACUUUUUUCUCUAUUCCUUCUUCAUGUUUCUUUUUUUGUGUGA